CAAUUCACAGUCGUCAGUACAUCGCGGUAGUUCUGCUGGUGCAUAUCCGCGUCUCCAAGGCAACGCAAUAAAAAAAAAAAAAUUUGAAAGAAAAAAAAACGACUGAUCAAAAAAAAAAAAACGACCUCCCCAUCUCCACCCAAUUAUGAUCCCGAAAAGACGAUAGACAUUCGGUCCACUGACAGUGCAGAAGCUUAUGUGUACUAUCGUGCAGUUAAUCGUGAGGAAGUAAUUUGUUUGGCCUGGAGUCCGUCACGUCGUGUCUGAUUGGCCGUCGAACAAUUCAAUCGAUCUUCCCGCCAGCUCAUGCAGCGUAUGGAUUCACUCGGCAGAAUUUGCCGUCGAUAAAAAAAAAAAAAAAAUAUUUCCAACUGAGUUCAACGCACGGAAAAACAAACCGAAAGGCUGAGGAAUAUCGAAACACUCUGUUACGCGUUAACAUUAUGUGUUAAUUGAAAAUAAAACAUCAAUCGAUAGAGAACUGACAGCCGCCACAACGUCGAUCAAAAUCUGUGGAAAUCCUGCAAUUCUUCAUUUUAUUUUUCAAUCAGACCAAAUAACAAUUGGAAGAAAAAAAAAACAAACCAAUAGUUCAGUUACUGUCAAUUUUUGUUUGAAAUAUCGUUCACGCUGUGACAGUGGAAUGAAAUGAAGAGGGAUUAAAUAAAGUGGAAAAUCAGAAUGAACUUUUUCAUGUUAAAAAGUGAUAAUUAAUCUGGCAUACGGAGGAAGGGGUGUUGAAAAAAAAAAAAUUGGAGACACUUUUUUGCAAGUUGGGGGUGAAAUAGAGUGAAGAAGUGGAGCAGGUGAAGGCGUGAGGAACCGCAGACCGGUGGGAUCCGACCUUUAACCAACUUUGGAAUACGAUGGAAUCCAGUGUCGGGUGUAUUCUAGUGCUGAUGGCUGUGGUUUUCAUGGCUGGAGACGUCGAGUCGCAGUUCAGGGAUAAAAAUAUAAGCAUAAAUCAAGAGGCAGACGCAGUUCAGACCCUGCUUGCUAGGUACCUAAGACGUCGUCUCCAAGCUACUCAGCUGUCAACACCUCCACCCCCCUCCGUUCUAUUCUCGUCAAAUCACCAUCGUGCUAAUGUUCGUCAAGCAACAAGACGACAGAACGAUUUACCCUCGACCUUAGAAGAGACUGAGGUGAGGGAUAAGAAGGAGUAUCAAAGGGAGGAAUUUGAUGAUGAUAGUGAUGAUCUCCAAGGGAUCGAGGACAGCGACAGGGGAAGAACGAGGAUUGAUUUGCUAGCUGAUGACUGUCCUAAUUGCGUGGAUGAGCAUGCAGGUGGUCUUGCUACACCCUCCAGAUGGACAAUGCCCCUUUUAAAACUCGGUGAAAAGAGAUAUUACUUGGGAAUUUUUUUCAAGGCAAAUUGGUACCGAGCCUCGCAGUAUUGUCGUUACCACGGUAUGCACUUGGCCAGUAUUGCAUCACAGGAGGAAAACGACAGAUUGGAGAAGCACAUCAAGGACUUUGGAUUGGGUCAUGAGCACUUCUGGACAUCUGGCACCGAUCAGGCUGAGGAGGGCACGUUUUUCUGGAUGGCAAAUGGCAGACCCAUUACCUUUGAGAAUUGGAAUGUUGGGGAGCCCAAUAAUUUUCGGUACGAAAACGGAGAAGAAGAACACUGCCUUGAACUUUGGAAUCGUGAUGGAAAGGGGCUCAAAUGGAACGACAGUCCCUGCAGUUUCGAAACCUACUUCGUCUGUGAAGUUCAGUGAUUUCGAUAUCCAAACAUCCGAGAAUAUUUAAUGAGGACGUUGAUAUUUGGGCGCCAAUAUAACUAGAGAAAUCAUCUUAACGCCAAAGGAUGGAUGAGUGCGAAACAAAACAAAUGUCAAUAGAUAUCGAUUAAUUUUCAAGCGCCAGCAAUGACCUCAAGGGCUAUCCAUAGAAAAAAAAGAGUUAAAAAAUGAUGACAUUGAUUGAAAAUUUCCAUAGACCAUCCAUCAACCAUCAGAUUACGCAUGGACACCUCAGAUUUAGCUUCCAGUGCACAAUAACUUUGACCACACGAAGACAAAAUCUGAUGUUCAAAUUCCACGCAUAUCUACCUGACAUUAUAGAUACUUAUGUAAAUUCAAGAUGAAUGCCAUCAUUCAUAUUUUUCCAACAAAAUACCUUAACAACUCGGGGAAAAUUAAUACCAGUGUACCUCAAGGUACCGCGUAUUCUGUAAAGUUAUUUAUGUACCUUAGAUCGUGUACUAUUAAUACUUUUUCCUUCUGAUUAUUUUUACGUGGUACAUCUCUACGAUGUCCUUCCAUGCUAACGUUAUUUUUCUAGUUAAAUAAUAAAUAGAAUAAGAAUACCGAUAAUAUAUGUAUGAGUGUUCAAGAAGGAGAUCGUAUUGUGUAUUCUAUUUGUUGAAAAUAAAAAUCACUCAGACAGGACUAA